CUCUUUAUGAUAAUGUGACAGGAGCAUCUCCAGCUCCGAGACAAGCCUCCAUUCCGAAUCAACUAUGUGAUCUCUUUUAUCCUUUCAUCCUCUCAUCUUCGUCGAUGAACUCCAUCCCUCCCACCAAGCCUUCACGCCGCGGCAAAGUUACUUUCUUUCACUUAAAAGUUUACUUUUUUUUCCCUCCUCCGAUAAUUCCACCGACCGGAAUGGCAACGACAACUCCGGCCGCUCCAACGCUGCUCCCCGUGGCUCCGCUCGGCCACCACCCGGCGCCGAGUUCCGCCUCGCCGGCCACUCACUCGCCGCCACCCGCGGCCACCUCCGCUACUUCCUCCCCGGCUCCUCCGGCGGCGCGCCCGACGCUGCUCCACCAUUUCCGGGCGGACCUCUUACUCCCGAACGGGACCCAGCUGAAAGUCGGCCCGUUGUCCGGCGCCGCCGGCAAGCCCGUGUACGCCACGCCGUCUCCGGUGGAGAGCACGCCGCAGAACAACGAGUGCAGGCUGGUGGAGGUGAAGGGGGCCAAGCUGGCGUCGUUCACCGUGAAAGACACGGAGCUCAUUUGCCUGCCGCAGGCCUUCGACGUGUUCCUCAAGCACCUCGUCGGCGGGCUCCACACCGUCUACACCAAACUCAAGCGGCUGGACAUCACGCCGGUGGUGUGUAACGUGGAGCAGGUCCGAGUGCUCCGGGGACUCGGGGCCAUCCAGCCCGGCGUCAACCGCUGCAAGCUCAUCUCCAGGCAGGACUUCGAGACGCUCUAUAACGACUGUACCAAUGCGAGUUCAAGGCCCGGACGACCGCCCAAGAGGCUGCAGACUGUGACCGAGGGCGGGACUCACCACAUGCUGUCCCACGGCGGUCUGAUGCACGCCGGGAUCAUGCCUCCAGCAGAUUUGUCCGCAUUGGCGAAAAAGAUCAAGCUAGAGAUGGGCGGUUACCACAGCAACCAACAACAUCAUGGCGGCCCCAAUGGAGAGAAUGGCGAUCACAGUCCCGGAUUGGUUCUGGACCAGUUGCCCUUCAUGAUGAUGUCACAUCCUCUGAUCCCGGCCAGUCUGGCGCCUGCCUCGGUUUCCAUGGCGAUGGGCCAAAUGAACCGACUGAGUACGCUGGCCAGCAUAGCCAACAUGGCGCAGCUCCACGCCAGCCCCGCCGCCCGGACCCCCGCCUCGGUUAUUAAGGAGUGCAUGCACGACAGCCCCUCCCCUUCCCCCUCGCUGGAGGAAGCUCAGAUGUCAUCCAAUCACAGCAGCAGCGUGUCCAGUUCUCCUUCUCACACAGACCGGCCUACAGAAAACAUACACCACCUCCAUGAUGGCGUCACAUUAAGUCACUGUGUGUUAGCCCAGUCCGGCAUCAAAGAGGCAGACUCGAUGGAAUACGGCAAGGAAAGCAAGAGGGGACGCGCUGAUAAAGAAUCCAACUCAGCUGACAGACAAGUCUACCAGAACCCCCCACCGAGCUGCGAGAAGGCGCCUUACCCCGCAGGACAGAAGCUCCCAGCAGGUCUCCACCACGCUCCCUUCAUCUUCCCGGAAGGCCUGUCCUCCAUAGAGACCCUGCUCACCAACAUCCAGCAGGGUCUGCUGAGGGUUGCCAUAGAGAACGCCCGGGCGCAGGAGAAGCAGGACCACCUGGAGAGGACGGAGCUGAAGAUGGAGCUGGUUCGAGAGCGGGAGCUGCGGGAGACGCUGGAGAGGCAGCUGAGCGUGGAGCAGAAAAACAGAGUUCUCAUCCAGAAGCGUCUGAAGAAGGAAAAGAGGAAUAAGAGGAGACUUCAGGAGGCCUUGGAGGAGGAGGUGAAGCUACGAGAUCAGGCUGAGCACGGCUUGCUGCACACCGCCAACACGCUCACAGAGUGCGUGACCCAGGACGCGGACGGGAGCGAGCACGAGGACAACAGGAUGGACACCAAGGCCACAGUGCAAGAGGGCCGAGUCUUCCUGCAGGCGACCGGGAUGUACUGAUGUACUGAAGAGACGUGUUUCCACUCUUCUCGCCUUUAAUUUAUUGCAUUUAUCACCAAUCCUGGACCCUAGUUGAGAACCUUUAUUCGGAUGAUGUGUGUCUUACCCCCCCGAACCACCCCACCCCCCUACCCCCCCAACCCACCCAUAGUUGUUUUUUGUCUGGACACAAGUGAUGAGUGUAACACAGCUGUGUACAUAUAUAGUCAUCGCUUUUGUUGUUAUUAUUAUUAUUAUUAUUAUUAUGAUUAUUAUCCAGAAAAGGCAUGUUGUAUAGUCAGUACAUGUAUGGUGUGUGUAAUGCAGUAGGGCAGUUUGACACAAACAAUACAAAUACUUUUUAUUAUUA